UGAUAUAAUAAGGUAUGGUCAUUCUUCUUUUUUCCAUUUUCAUCAAUCACUUAGAAUUCAGUACUAUGCUAGACAGAAAGAAGAGGCUUUUACAUUGUGAUAUAAGUAUUUUGUAAGUAUUUUAGUACUUUGAAAGUUUCAUGGAAUUCCAUUCUGUUGAGUCUGACCAAAUUCAGGAGGGCAGACCACAAUUCCAAGCCAGUCAUAAACCUGGUGUCAGUCAAAUAUUAUAUGGUCAAUGUGCAACUGGAAGAACCGAACCUUGCUACUUCUUCUCAAGGGGGCUGUCUUUCAAUAAAAGAAGGAAGAAGAAUAAGUUCGGUAGAGAGUAGAGAAUAAUGUUGGUCGCAGAUUAUAUUUACAUCCCACUUAUUUAAGCAACGCUGAGUCCAAGAAUGAACAAGGCGUUGGGGCAUUGGGGCCAGACCAUUGACUCUUUCUCUAUAGAAUCUUCUGUCUGACUUCCUAUUGAACUUAACAACGCCUUCAAAAAUGACUCAUCUCUAUUCAGAAGGAGACAGACAGGCAUAGGUCUCAAAGUUUCUAUUAUCCGAAAAUGGCUCUCGUGCUUUUCCUCCUCCUUCUACCUUCUAUAUUUUUCACAACAGAAGCUCAAAUAAGAGAUUCUAACAUUUCUUUAGGCUCUUCUUGUUCUCCAACUAACAAUUCAUAUUGGCUAUCAGCGUCUCGCCGGUUUGCCUUUGGUUUCUAUCCCUACGGCAAUGGCUUCUCUGUAGGCAUCUGGUAUGAAAGCAUCCCGCAAAAAACUGUUGUAUGGACGGCAAACCGAGAUGAACCGCCAUUCCCUGCUGAUGCCACAUUGCUUUUAAGCACUGAUGGUCGGCUUGUUGUGCAACAGAAGCAAGGACAAGAGACCCUCAUCGCGAAUGCUUCGUUUGCUUCCUCAGCCUCCAUGCUCGACUCUGGUAACUUUGUUCUCUUUGAUUCAAGUUCGGACAUCAUAUGGCAGACUUUUGAUUCCCCAACAGACACCAUUUUACCUGGUCAGCGUCUUUUGCCCGAUCACAAUCUGGUUUCUGAUGUAUCUGAAACAAAUCAUGCAAGGGGAAAGUUUCAACUCAUUAUGCAGAGAAAUGGGAAUCUGGCGCAAUACCCAUUAGAUUCAGUGGAACAGGAAGCUGCUUACUGGAAUACAGGAACAUUUAAUGCUGGAGAUAACGUGACCUUGAAUCUUGAUAGCAAUGGUCAGCUUUACCUUAUAAAUUCUACCGCAUUGGUUGUAAAAAACAUUACCAAGAAGGUUAGUGUCUCAGGUAAACUCAUCUACCGUGCAACAAUUGAUGCAGAUGGAAUAUUUCGAUUGUAUUCACACAGUUUCAACCAAUCUGGUAAUUGGUCAAUCGAAUGGUCAUCCUCUAAUAAUAGAUGCGUUCCUAAAGGCUUGUGCGGUGUGAAUAGCUACUGCACUCUAAUGGAUAGGGAACCUGUAUGUCAGUGUCCUCUUGGUUUUGAUUUCAUUGACCAGGGCCAGAAGGACUUGGGAUGCCAAAAAAUUUACAGUGCAGAUGCCUGCACUAGAAAGAGUAAGCAAAGCUUUGAUGUUUAUGAAUUGAGCAGUGUGACCUGGGAAGAGGAUCCUUAUGCUACUCUCCAAGAGCUAUCAAAAGAUGAUUGCAGAGAGGAAUGCUUCAGAGAUUGUAACUGUGAGGUUGCCUUAUAUGGAAGUGCAAGGCAAAUAUGCAAAAAGCUGAAGCUCCCAUUAAGAUAUGGGAGAAGAAGAUUGGGAGGUAGAUGGACAACUUUUGUAAAGAUCGGUACUGGGGUUAGGACAAUCGUUGGAGGGAAAGGAAAGAAGAGUGAAGUGCGAAUGGACAUCUUCAUAACUGGCAUUGGAUCUUUGACGCUUGCAUUUUUUGUUUUAGCAUCCUCUGGCAUUUUUAUAUACAGGCACCGCAUUCAACAGUCCAGAAGGGUUUCGGAUCUGAGAGAUAAUGGAUUUGUUGAAGAAGUCACUUUGAAAUCAUUCACAUACGAGGAGCUAAAACAUGCAACAAACAAUUUCACGGAUAAUAUUGGUAAAGGAGCUUUUGGGACAGUUUUCAGAGGAGUCAUAUCAAAUGGCAAGAAAAUUGUAGCCAUCAAGAGACUAGAAAAAGUUGUGGCUGAAGGAGAAAGAGAAUUCAGGAAUGAAGUGAAAGCAAUUGGGCAAACUCAUCACAAGAACCUAGUUCAAUUGCUUGGUUACUGCUAUGAUGGAACUAAUAGGCUUUUGGUGUACGAGUACAAGAGAAAUGGCUCACUUGCAGAUUUCCUCUUUAGGUCCAGCUUAAAGAUAAAUUGGGAGGGAAGAAUUGCAAUAAUAUUGAACAUAGCCAGAGGAAUUUUUUACUUGCAUGAAGAGUGUGAGAUCCGGAUCAUCCACUGUGACAUCAAACCUGAAAACAUACUAUUGGAUGACAAAGGAUACGCAAAAAUUGCUGAUUUUGGUUUGGCCAAGCUACUGAUGCCCAACCAAAGCAAGACAUAUACUGGAAUCAGAGGAACAAGGGGAUAUGUUGCCCCUGAGUGGCACCGAAACUUGCCAAUAACUGUGAAAGCAGAUGUAUAUAGCUUUGGAAUAAUGUUGUUUGAGAUCAUUUGUUGUCGAAGGAACGUGGAAGCAGAUGUUCCAGACAAUGAAGCAGUACUUGUAAAUUGGGUCUAUGAUUGUUUCAAGGCUAAUGAACUGGAGAAGCUGUUGCAAGAAGAUGAAGUGGAAAAAGAAAAGUUAGAGAGGGUGGUUAAGGUGGGCCUAUGGUGCACCCAGGAUGAACCAUCAUCCCGACCAUCAAUGAAGAAGGUUAUACUGAUGCUGGAAGGGACAGUAAAUGUACCAGACCCUCCCUGUCCUACUUUCUUUUUAGCUCCCCAUAGGCCAUACCUGAGCUCAGCUGAAAAUAACGAGGUUUAAGCACUGGAAGUAGCUGCAUGCUUCUUCUUUCACUAAUUUUUUUUUGUCUUACAACUUUAUUUCAUUGCUUUUGGGAAUUGUACAUGUCUGUUACUCUAUAUAUAAAUCAUUAGUCAUCUUGCUGAGAUCAUAUCAGAAUUUUAUCCAA